CGAUCCUCUUGUUCCACGUUAGCGAAUGGUUUGCGAAAAGCUCAAGCUUCCUUUCUGAAAGUACAUUACUCUAUUUAAGUUAAAACUCGCUUGCUUCAAGAAUUAAUAAAUUCGCAAACUUUGCACCUUGAUCUCUUCCCCAGUGAGAAACCCGGAAGCCACACCCGCCGCACUCUUUCCGCCGCGCUCCAUCACAGUCUCCACCCCUGGACAAAGCACUAGCUUAGAGCUUCAAGCAACAAGCUCUCCUCUCACUAGUCUGUCGCAAGGCGCCUCCGCGCGCGCGCAACGAAUCCAAACUCACUUCCUAUCCACCGCACCACCUCGCCUGGCUUGUUCACAUCUGCCGCGGGAAAUAGAAAAAUAAAAAAGACAAUGUCGACAGCCGGCGUCAGCGUCGGCGCGGCGGCUCCGCAGACGAAUGGUCUCGGGUCGGCGUCCAAUUCGCAAACACAGCCAUCGAGCACCCAACAGCAACCACUGCAGUCCUCUCCAUCGCAGCAGACGACGACGGCGACACAACCGCAGACCCAGACAACAUCUGCCGGUGCCUCCCAGUCCCAGCAGCAGCAGCUCGUCACGCAACAGCAGCUCCUCCAACAGAACCAGCCCCAGCAGCAGCAGCAACAAAAUGCGCCAACAUCACCCUCGGCGUCAGCCUCGCGCCCGCAAAACGCCCGCGUUGUCGAGCUGCUCCUGACAGCACAGGGUGUGACAUCUUACGAACAGCGCGUGCCGCUGCUGCUGCUGGACUUUGCAUACCGGCACACGGUGGCGGUGCUGAGCGAUGCGCUGCACCUGUCGGCGGACCCGUACACGUCGCACGCGGGGGUGCGGCCGUCGGCGGCGUCGGGCGCAGCGCCCGUAAACGUGGGCGAUGCGACGGUGAGCGCGAACGCCGUUCAGCUGGCCAUUGCCAACCGACUGGGGUUCCAGUUCCGCGGGGGCGGCGGGGGCGGCGGCGGCGGCACGGGUGGCGGCGCCGCCAGCAAGGACUGGCUCAUGGACAUGGCGCGCGAGCGGAACAAGGUGGCGCUGCCGCGUGUCACGGCGACCGAGUGGGGCGUGCGGCUGCCUGGCGAGCGCUUUGUGCUGAGCGGCCUGAGCUGGAGCCUGCGGGACGUGUGGUCGGGCCAGAUCCCUGCCGACGACGCCAGCGACGACGACUACGACGACAUGGACGAGGACGGCAGCACUGCCGGGGGUGGCCGAGGCGAUGCGAUGGAGGGCGUUGAGACCGAGGACAUUGGGGGCGAUGGCGUUGAGGGAGGCACCGUUGACGACAUUUUCGGAGACGAACAGCUGGACGACGAAGAAGACGAGGAGAUGGUUGAGGCGUAG